AACCCCCUCUCUCUCUCUCUCAAGUGAAAUAAAAUCCUCUCUCUCUAAUCUCUAUCUGUGUCUCUCUGUAUAUUUUUCCAUGGCUGCUAAGGAAGGAGAGGUUGGUUUUGAAGAAGGAAUGUUGUGGCUGCCGCAACAAGUUCUAGACGAAGCAAUAUGUGACACAAAGACAUACUCGAGGCUUCAAGUGCAGCACCACCACCAGCAUCAUCAUCAUUUGAAUUCAAAACCUAGCUCAAUUAGACCUCAUCAUCAUAGACCAAAAGCCAAUGUCAACUGGUCAUCUGGAGGGCCUGGAAUGCAAGCUAUUUUCCUGGAUUCUUCUAGCCAAAGAUCAUGUGGCACUGGCGUUUUUCUUCCUCAAAUAGCAGGCUCCAACUCCCACAAAACUAAAAAACCAGCUUGUGCUCCUGUUCUUCUGCCCUCCCGUGUGGUUCAAGCUCUCAACCUCAAUGUUCAUUCCCUAGGCCUCCAAAUUUCACCGCGACAAGAUGCUAAGGAUCAUAAACGAAAAGGCGACGAUUGUAUUUCGGCUCAUAAUAAAAGUGGAAAUAAAGAUGUUCCAUCGACUCAAUGCUACAUUAUUUCUCAAAAUCCAAGUUCUUCCCCGGAGUUAUUUCUUCCCAAGGAAUGGACAUACUAGGGGGAAUGUGUGGAACAAUUAUACAUGUACACAAGAGAAACUCGUCAUAAAAGGCUAAUCUCUCCUAGCCAUAUGAUUGAUGUGCUUUAAAUAAUCUUGAUCGUGUUAUAUAGCUUUAAA